AUGGAAUUCUAUGAAAGUGAUGAAGGCAACGACGAGUCGUGUGAUUCAUACGCCAGUGAUGAUACCAAUGAUAGUGACUUCGAUUUCGAUUAUGAUGAGCUAGUUGAUAACUUUGAUAAACUUGAAUUUUCUGAUGAAGAUAUGGAUGUAUAUGACGAGGAACUGAAUUCAAUGAAUGAAAGCUAUGCUACAAAUGGUGGCUUUACUUCAAUCUCUCAUCAAGGGUGA